AUGGGGUUCCGGAGCCGCCCUCCGGCCGAGCUGCAGCAGGGUUGCGGCGAACGAACGGACCCUCCCCGCUGCCCCUCACACGACCGCUACUUCCCCCCGCUCGCCCCCUCCUUUCCCCGCCCGCACAGGCGUAACACCCUCCACACGGCCCGCACUCACCGACCGCGCGUCCACGUGGCCACCCCACGGAGGGCGCCGGCAGGAGGAGGCGGGAGGGGGGACACAGCCCGCGGAGCUCGUGCCUGCCCGGUCUCAUCAUGGCGGCAGCAGAAGCCGGUGCACAUCGCUUCCUCAGACAGCUCCCUACCUCGCCCCCCAACGAGCGUUCCGAGAACGCGGGGGGUUCCGAUUGGUCCUGAGCGUGGCGGGGGCUGAUUGGACCACGUUCCUUCGCUCCCCUGCCUCCACCAACGAGCGGCUGCGGCCGGAGCGUGCGUGGAGCUGACGCGGAAAUCUGAAUGGAGCUCGCGGGCCGGUUGUUACGGGGGCCGGGGCGGAGCGAGUGCUCUGUGCACGGCCGGUGCUGAGGAGGGCUCGGUGCCGUGGCUGUGGCGGCCCCGCUCCAUCGCCAUGAGGCCUGGUCCCGCGGCUCGCUCGGCUCGGGCGCUGCUGGCCGUGGCUCUCUGUGUUACCCUGCUGAUGGUGCCUCCUGGCCUGUGCGCCGGGGAGCGGCGGCGCCUGGCGUGCUCCACCUGCCGGGGUAUCGUGGACAGGUUCAACCAGGGAUUAGCAGAUACAGCUAAAAAGAACUUUGGUGGUGGAAACACUGCUUGGGAAGAAAAGACGCUGUCAAAGUAUGAGUCCAGUGAAAUCCGUCUUGUAGAAAUCAUAGAGAAACUGUGCGACAGUAGUAACUUUGAAUGUAACAACAUGGUAGAAGAGCAUGAAGAACACAUAGAGAAAUGGUGGUUCAAACUAAAGAAGAAGUAUCCUGAUUUGUUUAAGUGGUUUUGUAUAGAAACAAUAGAAGUUUGCUGCCCUGCUGGAACAUAUGGACCAGAUUGCCUUGCUUGUCAUGGUGGAUCGGAAAGACCUUGCCAUGGGAAUGGGCACUGUGACGGUGAUGGUACCCGAGGUGGAGAUGGCACAUGUAGCUGUAACAAGGAAUAUACAGGAGACUUUUGUUUGGACUGUUCUAAUGGUUACUACAGUACCUUGAGAAAUGAGACACAUUCUGUUUGUACAGCCUGCCACACUGCCUGUAAAACUUGUACUGGUUCAAGUAACAAGGACUGCCAAGACUGUAAAGAAGGCUGGAUUAAAAACGAAGAAGCAGCUUGUGUGGAUAUAGAUGAGUGUGCUGCUUCUCCUUGCAAAGAUCACCAAUAUUGUUUGAACACAGAUGGAUCUUUCUCAUGCAAAGCAUGUGAUGCCAGCUGCAUAGGUUGCACAGGGGAAGGUUCUGACAAGUGUAAGACUUGCGCAUCUGGGUACACGAAGGAAGAUGAAAGAUGUACAGAUAUAGAUGAAUGUAAUCUUCCUGAAAAGGUCUGCGUGAAAGAGAAUCAAGAUUGUGUUAAUACUUCAGGUAGUUACAAGUGUGUAUGUUCAGAAGGGUUUGAAGAGAAGGAUGGAACAUGUCUUCAAAUGGUAAAAUCAGGAGACGAAGUAGAAAGUGAAACAACUCAGCCUUCACCUAUUGGACAUGAUGACUUAUGAUCUGCAUUCAGAACCAAAAGACAUUCCUAUCUAAAGUUUUAAAUUAUUGGACUGAGCCUCUGCAAGCUGACAUUCUGUGGAAAUGGUAUUAAAUAUGCAGGUUGCCAUUAAGUUUUUUUUUAAUGGUGAUAAAUUUCUCUUUAAGCUGCAUUUCUUUAUUCUUAAAUGACACUUUUUAUAUAAUUCUUCAAGAACAACAGUCUAGGUGGGUUUUAGUAUAAAAUCUGAAUUAACACUGUAGCCAGUCAUUGUAAACCACUUACAGGCUUCUCAUUCUAGUGCCUCCUGAAAACUGUCAUCAUUUGGAAGAACUUAGUUGCACUGUGAUUCAAGAAGAAUUUAGACUGAAGUUUGGUGUUUCUUGAGAAAUAUUUCUGUAACUGAAAUACAGCUUUUAGAAAUUGUCAAAGGGAAUCUCUUUGGGCGGGGAAGCACUGUUCCCACAAAUUAGAAUGCCUAAUACUGCAUUCAAUAAAAGUUUAUUUUGUUGGAAUGUG